UGAGAAUGAUGUGGUAUUUAGUUCUUGCAAUAAUAAUAUUCAGGAUAAAUUUUCUAGAUGUAGAAGGAAAUUAUAAUCCUGGACAUGGUAAAACCAUAUCUAUAACAGAGGAUCUUUUCCAUACAUUGAUGAAGAAACUAAGUUCCUCCAGUAAAUGUGAAUGCAAAGAUAGUAAUACUAGAACAGCAUUUACAGCUAUCCUUAAGACCAAUAUAAGAGUAAAUGUUAACUAUGUUUUCAAAUUUGAUGAAGUUAAAGUGAAUCAAGGAAACAACUACAACUUGUACACUGGAGAGUUUACAGCACCAAGGGAUGGCCUUUACUACUUUUCAUGUACGAUUCAGGUCAAUAGGGCUGGAAAUAAAUACUUCUACUUGAUGAAGAAUAGCAGUAUUUAUCUACGAGGUUAUAUUGUUAAUACCAAUUAUGGAUCACAAACUAAAAGUGUGAUAAUGGAUCUGGAUAAAGGAGAUCAUGUUUAUGUUAAAAGUGGUAGCAAAUAUAAUGUUCAAAAACAGUACUCCUACUUUUCUGGUUACUUACUGUAACAAUAAAUUGUUAAUCUUU